AUGAUGCUUUUAAGAAAUUUAGAUCCUCCUAAAUUAUGCAAUAGGACAAGGUUGGUUGUGAAGACAUUAUCACCUAAUGUGAAAGAAGCAACCAUCAUCACUGGAUGUGCCUCUGGGGAAGAGGUUUCCAUUCGAAGAAUUCCAAUUAAACCAACAGACAUGCCAUUUGAGUUCAGACGAACAGAAUUUCCAGUGCGACUUUGCUUUGCAAUGUCUAUUAAUAAAGCUCAAGGUCAGACUUUGAAACCUACUUGCUUGCACUUAAUUGAACCUUGUUUUUCUCAUGGUCAACUUUAUGUUAGUUGCUCCAGGGUUGAUAGUUCGCAAGACUUAUUUGUCUAUGGUCCAAACCAGGAAACAAAGAAUGUUGUUUACCCAGAAGCUCUUAUGUGA